CAGCUGUGCUGUGCACUGCAAAGCACCCAGCCCCCUCCUCUCCCCUCCCUCCUGCUCCAAUCCAUCGCAUCCCAUUCGCCCCAUAUCCUGCAAUAUUCUAGCUAGCCCCUCUCGCCGCAAUCACAAACCCAUGAGCAACCAAACGCCUCUACCAGCCGCAGCGGCUAGCUUUCCUCGGCUUCUCGCCUUCCUGCUCUUCCUCUCCCCAAUCAAACCCUAACCCUACGACACCUCGAUCUCGCUCCCCCGUCGCUCUCCCUCAAGCAAGAUCGAUCGGCGCAGCCGGCCGCUCGAUUUAACAGGAUGAGCGGCGGCGAGCGAGAUGCGCAUGGGAUUAACGCCAGCGGCGGCAGCAAGGUGGCCGCGAGCAUCGACUCCUUCUCGCAGCUGCCGUUCAUCCGCUCGGCGCGCGAGAAGCAGCAGCUGCAGCAGCCGGCGACGACGCCGGGAGGUGGGACGGCGGGUAUCCGGCUGUUCGGGUUCGACGUCCCGCCGGACUCCGCCGCCGCCGCCAUGGCAUCCUCGACUGGCUCGAAAGGAGAGGCCUUUGUCAAGGAAAGCCCCGCCGCCGCCGCCGCCGAGACCUCGCGGGCGCGAGCGGCGAGGGCGGGGAGAGAGGAGAGGAGAGGGGCAGCCGGAAGUCGAGUGCCACUACUGCUACUGCUGCGGAACUUCCCGACGUCGCAGGCGCUGGGCGGGCACCAGAACGCGCACAAGCGGGAGCGGCAGCACGCCAAGCGCGCGCAGUUCCAGACCGCCAUGGCCAUGCACCACGGCCAGUACUACUACCCGCACCAUCACCCGGCCGCCGUCGCGGACCCCGCCCACCUCUACCCCGCCGCCCUCGCCGCGUACCACCACCACCGCUUCGCGGCCGCGCCGCCGCCGCACUACCCGUCGUGGGCGGCCGCCGGCGGCAGGUACUACAGCGGGCCUGGGUCCAUCUCGCAGCCGAUCAACGGCAGCCCGGUGGCGACGCCGCCGCCGCCCGCGCUCUGGCGGGUCCCCACGGGCGGCGUCGGCGUGGGGAUGCCGUUGGCCACGCGACGGCAAGAAGAGGCCACGCCACCACCCCUGGCUGUGCUCGGAGGUGAGGAGCAGGUGGUCGUGGGAGGAUCUGGCUCGGCGCCGUUCUCGCCGUCGACCUCCUCGUCGUCAUCGUCGGCUUCGCCUCAUAAGCGCCCCGCCCCGCCGGAGCGUAAAGAGAAUGUGAGUUUGGAUCUGAGCUUGUAGUCUCGAGAAAUGACCGGUCGAUCGAUCGGAGACAGACUUAUAAUUGUUGCGUUUUUACAAAACAAAAACGAGUGCCCUCUUUUUCUGGCCUCCUCUCUCAUGCUUGCAAUUAUCAGUGUAGCUUCAAUACCGUUUACGGUGCUCAAUCAAGUGAUGAUGAGCAAAAAUGACACAUCUCUCCGCAGUUUAUAUGUGCACCUUUUAAACUGUUCCA